AUGGGUGGUGCAGUGAGCUCAGGUCGUGAUAAUAAUGAACUAAUCGAUAAUUUAAUGACUGAAAACUACAUACGCACCAGAACAGUGGAAAAAGUAUUUCGGGCUCUAGAUAGGGCUGAUUAUAUGACACCAGAUGCACGGGAUCAAGCAUAUAAAGACCUUGCGUGGCGAAAUGGAUUACUUCAUCUGUCUGCACCAUGUAUAUACUGUGAGGUGAUGGAGGGAUUGGAGUUAACGCCGGGCCUGUCCUUCCUCAAUAUUGGCUCGGGCACAGGCUAUCUCAGUACCUUGGUUGGUCUUAUCUUGGGGUCAUCUGGCAUCAGCCACGGUGUAGAACUGCAGCCGUCUACAGUGGAGUAUGCUAUGAUGAAGUUGCGCCAGUUUAUUGAAUGUUCUCCAAUACUUGAUGACUUGGAUUUUUGUGAGCCCAAAUUUUUUACAGGCAAUGGAUUAACACUCGCUCCCUUACAAUGUGGAUAUGAUCGUGUUUAUUGUGGUGCCGGUUGCCCGGAAGAAUAUGAAAGUUAUUUUAAAAACCUUAUCAAGGUGGGUGGUAUUUUAGUGAUGCCAAUCAAUGACACUUUACAACGAGUAAAACGUGUCUCCGAAGACAAGUGGGUUACACGUAGUGUACUAAAUGUCUCUUUUGCAACACUCCAUGUGCCGAGACAAAAUGAAGCCAUUGACCAACUUAAACUAGCCGACCUGGUUCCUCCGAGUCUACAAUGUUUGGCUCGUGCUCGUAUUCGCUUGUCGAUGCAAGAGUCCUUAGUAAGACGUCAUCCCGAGUUGAAGGAAAGACCUUGGCGUCGGCCACAAGCUCGCCUCAAUUGUGCAAGAAGAAUCUGUAUACCCAUAGAACCAGCCGAUGAUGUUCAGAAUCUUCUACACGAUCUUGACGAGGAAAGUGGUGCUAAUGAAAUGAAUGCUCUACUGAGUUUAGUCAUAAGCAUGGGGCGCAACAGAAUGGCCGGUUCCGUACGGUUCGACCGUGUCGCAAGACGUGGCUCGGACAAUAAUGAUUCUAGUCAGCAAGACGAAGACAAUGAUGCGUCAUCAGACAAUGACACGGUCGAUAAUAAUCCUACGGCAGACGAAAUUCCCGCUUCUACUACCAACUUAGAAAAUGACGCCAAAGGAGAGAAUAAGACUGACUCACAAAUUAAGAAAUCUAAUGAAGACGAUAAAGAGCAUUCGAAAAAUUUAAAAGAUGAGGAUAGUGAUAGUGAUUCUCAGAGUGAUAGUUCAGCUUCUUUGGGGGGUCUUAAAGCUAAGUUACAACAAUUGACAGCUAAUAGGGACAGCACACACCUCGCAAGGAUUAAAAUGCUCAGUGAAAAGUUAACUAGAGAUAUCGGUAUAGCCUCUACGUCCAAUUUUGAAGGCGAGAACGGACGCGAGAGGAACGACCCCAAAAUGCAAGUAAUCUCUGUACUAGGAGAUGACAGCAGUGAAGACUCUGAUGAGAACGAUUAUGAUAAUGAGAAUGGUCUAUAUGGAAUACCGUCCGAAGUGAUCUUCACAGCAAAGAGUGAAAUGGAGGAACCUGGUACAUCUGCUGCAAAGGACGAUAAGCCACUUGAAAAAUCGUGCAAUACUAAUGUUCGCGAAAGUAAGCCCAAACGACAGAAGCUGGAUAGUGGGAUCGGAGAAAACACUCCCACGGAGGAAGAGAAAUCCGGAGAGAGUCAAGGUUCGGGUAGUGACGAUAACUCCAACAGUUGGAUGGACAUUGAACCUGAGUUUUCGCCGCUUCCUGGAGAUCGCCGUCGUCGGUCGGACGCUUUGAGGUCGACGGACGAUAUGUGGCCUCCGUCGUACGAGGAGAUGAUGCCCUUCCACGAGGAGCAAAGGCAAACGGUGCGCAUGCGACGAAAUCGGGAUGACAUUCGCUGGGCUCGUCUCUCGGUGGCGAUGAAACAGAGCAUCAAUGAGUUGCCGCUGCCGCAUUCGCUUAGGAAGUUCGUGAAUUUGGGUCGCUGCUACGAGUUCGAAUAG